CAAAAGCUUGGCAAGAUUGCAUCAGUUGUAGAAAGGAAGACUAGAGUAACUAAAUGAUGAACCAGAGACAGGCCCAGGUAAAGAAGAUGAAUUUCCAAAGAAGCCGUUGGGGCAGAUUCCAUCAGGACCUCAGCUUGCUAUGCUUAACUCCACUCCAGUGCUUAAUGGGCAGAACAGCACUGGCACACAAACGACAAGGACAGAGAGGAGACCAUCUCCAGCAGAAGAACCAGAAAGUUCGCCCAAUAACCGAAAAAGAAUUAAUUCACUGGAAAAGAAACCUUCCUUAAAACAGCAGAAGACUCGACCAAUAGAGGCACAAAGUAGUGUGCCUAAGAAUGAGGUAGAUACCAGAAGAAAGCCUCAGCCAACAGAGCAAGACAACUUGAGACAGUAUAAUAAUGCAGCUGCUAAUCAAAAUUCUAAUGCUACUUCAAAUACAAGAAGGGAAUUUGUACCUAAGUGGAAUAAACCGUCUGAUAUCAAAAUAAUUGAAAAGACAAUGAAACUUGCUGCAGAGGUGAAAGGAAGGCAAAUAAACCAUUUGGUUUCGGGCCCACCACUAAGUCCUGGAGAAAUGCAGCCUUUGAAUGUAAAGCAAAAGAUGAGGGUUUUGGAUGCUGAUGAAGGUAAGCGAGGGUCUAAUGCAUCGCAGUAUGACAAUGUUCCGGAAGUUGAGAGUGAGCAUGAGAAUCUUGUUGAAGAGAUGCUUGAGAGGGCUCAUCCACAGAGCCCUAGGCACAUAACAUAUUCUAAUAGUCCAAGAAAGCAAACUGAAAAAAUACCAACUCCGUUAAAAAUACCCAAUAAUUAUACCUUCGCUUCACAACCCAGAUCUCCCAAAUACUCAUCACAAACUGAUGGACCACCUCAUGGACUGAAUGUAAAACAGCCACUGCCAUGUUAUAGUAAUCCACCUACUUACCAUGGAAAUUCUCCAAAACAUGUUUCCAGUGUAGGCAAUACAAGCUCUGUACCUCUACAUUAUCAUGGGAAUCGAACCAGCCCUUCUGGUAGGCCAUAUGGUUCUUUUAUUUCAGUAGAUUAUUCUCUGGAUAAACUACAAAUGAAUUCCUAUCCUGCCAGUCGCCAAAAUCCUCUUUCACCAACCCCUGCUCAGAUAGAAGUAGCCCCUGUCGAUGCUUAUACCAGCAACCCGAGGUCCCCCACAGGUGUCAAAUUCAUAAUCCCUCCAGUGGAUUAUUUACCAGAAGAUAGAAAGUGGCCAGAUGCUGCGUAUAUUUACAGACAUGAACCCUACAGGCAGCCCUGGAGCCAAGACGUUAACAAAGGCCACUUGGAUAAUUUCCAGAAAUAUCAGCGUUUUCAGUCAACGCCUCUUCAAGACCAUAGUCUUCCUGCUGUUUCUGUGGACAGUACAGUAAGAUACAGGACUUCACCAACCUUUGAAGAGCAUGGUUCACCACAAUACCAAUAUUCAAGCCCAUCAGCUCAAGCCCAACACUAUCGAAAUAGAAAUGAUGGAUUGUCUAUGCAUGAAUCCGUGCUUCUCUGAGAAUGUGUCUAUGCUUAGUAAAAUGGCAAGAACCAAAAGCAAUUAAACAUUACUGUGUUAGUAGUAGUCCACCUCAGUUCUUCUGUGAAAUGCAGACAGUUCAUAUGAGUCUCAGAAAUAACAACACUGUUUAAAAGAUGUUUCAGACUUUCAUUGAAGGCUAGUUGAGUUCUUAGACUUACAUUGAAGCUAUUGAAAGUGAUCUGAUGCACAUAGGCAUAGCAAUAAGAACAUAUAUACAAUGUGGGUAAUACUGUCGUUGUUCCUUACAUUUAAAUAUCUUGUGUUACAAUCUUUCUGCCUAAAACCUGUAACACAUUUACAAGUUUUAUUUU